UAUCUUAUGUUAUUUCAUUUAUUUGUUGAUAAUUUUUUGUGUUUUUAUUUUAUCAAGCCAAUUAUGGUACCUCUAAUCAACUAAUUAGUUAAUUGUGUUGUUAUUUUCUUAAUCUUUAAUGUCAAUCGACUAUGUAUCUCCCUUAAUUGAUUCAUCUGGAUUGGAAUCUACAUGUUGUAAUGGGCAUGGAGUUCAAUAGUGAUAAAAACAGUAAGGUAUCCUUCACUGGACCUGAUGCUAAGGAGGAGGAAAAUCUGGAUAAUUUAUGCAACGAAACUAUCUAUGAAGUUCUUGGUCAAAUAUCUGGACAACGACAGUUGGAUUCUCCGACCAGCCAUGUUGUUUCUGAAAGAGUACAAAAUUUAGCUUCACAAAUAUAUACUGAGCUUCAAAAGAUCAUCAACAGAUUCUCUGAUGAAGAUGAAAUUGUUGGUGGUUUGAUGCCCUUGAUUGUGAAUGUCCUGGAAUCAUUGGAUAUCGCAUUAAUUGAAUCACAACAAUUGCAAGUUGAAUUGGAGCUGUGUAAAGAUGAUAAUGAACAGUUGGUAUCUGCCUUUGACAAGGAAAAGGCUAUCAAAAAACGAAUCGAGCAAAAGUUAUUGGAAUAUGAGUUUCAAUCUGAAGAUGAGAGGCAACAAUAUGCUCAAAAAAUCAAUUCACUCGAAAACAUUGUCAAAAUGUUGGAGUUGAAAGCCAAAAAUUCAGCUGAUCAUGCUUCAAGAUUGGAGGAAAAAGAGCAAGAACUGAAAACCGAAAAUUCCAAGCUUCAUACUCGUUAUAAUGAUCUACUUCGAAGCCACUGUGAUCUUAUGGAACGUAUGAAAAUAUUAAUUGGAGGUGAUGAUGAUACUGGUCAGACUAAUAUUGUUCCAUCGAGUAAUAACAAGCCAACAACAUCCAGAAAGUCUGAUGUUGAAUCCUAUUCUAGUCAUAGCGAAGAAGUCGACAUCAACAUGCCCUCUAAAAAUCUGGCCUCAGCUAUUAUGGGACCUCGUCAGGCCUGGAUCGACACUGACUUAUCACUUGAAGAUGCUUCAAUAAUUGAAGAAGUAGAUGAAAUUCCCCGAGAUCGUGAAAAGGACAGAGAAAUGAACAGUCUUACAGGUCGAAUUUCACACCAGGAUAAAUAUGCCUCAUCUGUUACGGAUAACUUUUUCGGUAUGGAGAAAGAAGUACAAAACCUUAUACGGGAAAAUGAUGAACUAUUGGCCACCAAGAAUGCUCUCAAUAUUGUUAAGGAUGAUCUUAUUGUCAAAGUUGACGAACUUCAAAGUGACUUAACUAUGUCUAGGGAAGAAGUUCAACAAUUAACCGCCGUUAAAGAUAAACUGAAAUCACGUAUCGCGCAAUUAGAAGAUGAACUAAAGAAAACUAAAGAAGAACUUAACGAAGUUAAGCAGAAAGUUACAGCCCAACCUCAGGAUGAUGAGGAAGGAACACCUAUGACUCAACGUAAACGCUUCACUCGUAUGGAAAUGGCUCGAGUUUUAAUGGAACGAAAUCAUUACAAAGAAAGGUUAAUCGAAUUACAAGAAGCCAUAAGAUGGACCGAGCUGAUUCGUGCCAGUAAAACAGAAGGAGAGAAAAAAUCUGUCUGGAAAUUUGGAAGAAAUUUCUCCAGUUUAAGUAACUUCUUCGGGACUACCGGAGGCACCUUACCUAAAGAGGGUAAUAGAAGCCCGGUUAAAACUGCUAUUCGUUAUGGUACUUCUAAUCCAGAUCAAGUAACACCAGCCCUUGAAGCUAUGAAAAGGCGAUCUCGUACACAACAUUCUGGUGAUCUUGUGCUUCUCAUGGAUGCCGAUAUUUCCAGUGAAAGAGCAAGAUCAUUGAAAGCAGUUCGUGCUCAUGUUCCUCGAACCAAUGGAGAUCGUAUCAUGGCUUAUGGUUGGAGUAUAGCUGGAAGUGGUAAAGAAUCAAGUGAAAGUUCUGUUGAGGGUGGCACGUAUCUCACUUCUCUAGGAUUACGCCAUGCCUCUGUUCCUGUACCAAUUUAUUGUAGACCAUUAAAUAACGAUGAUUUGGGUUUGAAGAUAUGGUGUGCUGCCGCUGUUGAUUUAACUGGAGGAGAAGCUGGAUUCCCUGGUAAUCAAAAUGCAAAAGCUGAAACUCCGACUGCCGAAAAGGUUUCAAUAGCAGCUAUUGCUGACUUAGAGAAUGAAAUAGGCGCAGCAAUAAAUGACCAAAAUGAUUUUCCAGAUGCCAAAAAGUUGUCAACAUUUGCUUGGAUUUGCAGUGUCAGCAAUUCAAAGAGUAAAGUCAACAUUGUCAAUAUAAAAAAUAAUCCAAGUGAAUUUUUGGAUUCAUUUACAGUUAAAACACAUCUUUUAUGCAUUGCCUCUAUUCCUGGAGCCAAGAAUAAUGAUAUUUAUGAUUAUAAUGAUAUUGAUUUAGAUAAUAUCAAGAUUGUCGAAAUAGAUCCACCUCAACAGCAGCCAUCGCCAGUACCACCUUCAAAUAAUGAAAAGAUUGAAACUGUACAAGCAAAAGAUGCCUUAAAAGUUUCAUUUGAAGAUGAAAAGGAUGAUCUACUUUCAAAAGAGGCUAUCUCCAAGAAUGUACAGUUGGAAAAAUUGACUGAAUAUGUUGCCUACACAGAGCCACCUUCUCCGUCAGUCUCUGAUGACAUUCAAACAUCGAAUACAACAGUUUACCAACCCAUGUCAACAUGUUUACCGACAAUGUGGCUUGGAGGACAAAAUUGCAUGCUUUAUGUCCACUCAGGUCUCGCUCAGUGGUCGCAUUGUAUUUGUAGUGUUAGACUUCCUGAUUCAAUUCUCCAAAUUGUCCAUUUCAAGGGACGAGUUUUCGUAGCUUUGGCCAAUGGACAGUGUUGUAUAUUUGUAAGAUCGCCAACAAAUGGCUGUUGGGAUUUCUCUAAAUAUCUUAUUAUUGAUAUGAGUAAAGCCAAUUCACUUUCAAGCGACAGUGUCAAUAAAAAUGGAUCUGGUAAUUCAGGAUCAGGAACAUCUUCUCCAGCCAGCACUGCUACCGCUUCCUACAGUAUAAGAUGUAUGGAAGUGACCAAAACUUCUGUUUGGCUUGGUUAUCGUAAUAUGGUUUAUAUUCUUGAUCCUGUUGCGCUCAAAAUUAUUCAUUCCUUAACUGUACAUCCAAGAAAAGAAACUCAAGUUCGUCAACUUGCUGCCAUGGGUGAUGGAGUUUGGUGCAGUAUCCGUUUGGAUUCAACUCUUCGCCUUUAUUCAGCCCUUAAACCAUAUCAGCAUCUUCAAGAUGUUGAUAUAGAACCUUAUGUUUCUAAAAUGCUAUCCUCCAAAGCUUUUUCCUUCAUUCGAGUAACAGCUCUCCGAGCCAGCAACAAUCGCCUUUGGAUUGGAACAGCUAAUGGAGUUAUAUUAAGUAUACCCUGUGAUAAAAUCAGGUCAACCAACGCUGAUUCCCCUUCUAAUGAAAGUUCAAGCGGCAAUUCACUUAAAUCCAGCGAUUCUACAAAUCAUAAAACACCUACAUCGUCCUCACUAGUCUCUGAAAGUGAUGUUGGACCCAUUUCAAUAGCCACUUUCAUUCCUAAAUGUAAUCCAUCACAAUCUCAACUUUCUUAUCAUGGCCACAAAGAUGCAGUUAAAUUUUUCUUAAUGGCUAAAAAUUUGAUUACAAGUGGAGGUGAAGGAUACAUUGAUUUUAGACUUAAUCCUGAAGAAGAGUCCAACUCAUUAUCUAAGGGUGAUCGUUCCCAUCUCAUUGUUUGGGAAUUGAAUUCAUAGACUGGUCAUCAUUUCAUCAAAAAAGCAUAAUUUUAAAUUAAAUCGUUUAUUUCUUUUCCCGUCGUUAUACUUUCCCGCUCCAAAGUACUGUACAGAGGCUGCAAUCAUUUGAUUUAUCCAAGUUUCACUAAAGCAGAUGUAUUGUCGAUUUUGACCUUUAAUGUUAACUUUACUGACUCUCUUUUUCAAAGAAACACACUCUUUUCUUUUAUCUAAUUGAUUACAUAUUUAAUAUAUUGAUUGUUAAUAAACAAUUUUCGUCAGUCUUCAAACGACUAAAGAAACAAUAAAAAAAAGUUUUAUCCCUAUUGA